GAAAAAUAAAUGGAUACUUCCUCUCAAGACAUAAGCGAAGUAGCGAACUACAAAGUGGUAGGUGAAGGCAAAGAGUAUCAUAAAAGCGACUACGACAAACUUUUAGAGUAUCUGACUAAUGAAGCAAAGAAUUCAAUGAAACCACCUGCCCCGUCAACACCAAAAUCAGCUGAUUUGCUCGAUACUCAACCGAUUUUUACCAGUUCACCACACUUGGACCAUUCUUAUGGUAGGACUCCACAUUUCGGAAGUCAUCACAAGCCGACAUAUGUUGAAAAGUCGAAUGUAUUUCCAAAGUUCAAAUUUGAGAGGGAUGAUGACAGCACAACCGACGAGAGCAUUGAUUUAUGUGGCAAUUCUAUUCCCCGUGAUAGUAAUAUGCCAAGUGGUUCUCCCAAGAUUGAAGAAAAUGUUGAAAGUUGUAACAAAUUUGAUGAAUCGGAUCACGACGGCAUCAUUAUAUUGGACGAAGAGGGUGAUACUAAGCAGGAAAGUAGAGUUGCUGAUAGGAAAAAGAAAGAAAUGGAAAUACUCAAAGUGAAGGCAAAAGGUUUUUAUUUUCAGAACCAUCCGGAAACGACGAUAUUAAAUGAGAGGACAGCAUCAAAAAAGAAAGGAUUUUUACUGCUCAAUGGUAUCAAGUGCAACUGGAUCCAAAUAAAAUAUGACUACCCAUGGAAUUUUAAGACCGAAGAAGCUUAACCUGAAAGGAA